ACGUUCUAGACAAUCGUUCUUCCUCCCUGGUCCUUCUUUCCCCGUGGUAGAUUUUUGUCACCGGUCAAUUUACACAGCCGCAAAGAUGAUGGGCCGACCGGUUCUCGUGUUAAGUCAAAAUAUGAAAAGAGAGUCUGGUCGAAAAGUCCAGACUGGUAACAUCACCGCGGCAAAGACAAUAGCUGAUGUCAUCAGAACAUGCCUGGGACCAAGAGCUAUGUUGAAGAUGCUUUUGGAUCCCAUGGGUGGCAUUGUCAUGACAAAUGAUGGCAACGCUAUUCUCAGAGAGAUCCAAGUUCAGCACCCGGCAGCCAAGUCCAUGAUCGAGAUCAGCCGUACUCAGGAUGAGGAGGUCGGCGACGGCACCACAUCAGUCAUCAUUCUGGCUGGUGAGAUGUUGGCGGUGGCUGAGCAGUUCCUGGAGCAGCAGAUGCAUCCCACAGUGGUCAUCAGUGCAUACAGACAAGCCCUGGAGGACGCACUCAACAUGCUGAAGGAGAUCAGCACGCCCGUCGAUGUGAACAACCGGGAGAUGAUGCUGAAGAUCAUCAACUCUGCCGUCAACACCAAGGCCCUGAGCCGCUGGUCAGACAUGGCCUGCAACAUCGCCCUCGACGCCGUACGCACCGUGGAGAUGGAGGACGCCGGACGCAGAGAGAUCGACAUCAAGAAAUACGCCAAAGUGGAAAAGGUCCCUGGUGGGUUCAUCGAGGACUCCUGCGUGCUGAGAGGAGUGAUGGUGAACAAGGACGUCACACACUCUCGCAUGCGGCGCACCAUCAAGAACCCUCGCAUCGUCCUCCUCGACUGCUCCCUGGAGUACAAGAAGGGGGAGAGCCAGACGGAUAUUGAGAUCACACGUGAGGAGGACUUUGCCCGCAUCCUUCAGAUGGAGGAAGAGUACAUCCAGCAGAUCUGUGAAGACAUCAUCCGCCUGAAGCCGGAUCUCAUCUUCACAGAGAAGGGCAUCUCUGAUCUGGCACAGCAUUACCUGGUGAAGGCCAACAUCACCGCCAUCCGCAGAGUGAGGAAGACGGACAACAACCGCAUUGCCAGGGCGUGUGGAGCUCGCAUCGCCAGCCGUACAGACGAGCUGAGAGAGGAGGAUGUGGGCACGGGGGCGGGGCUUUUCGAGGUGAAGAAGAUCGGAGAUGAGUAUUUCACCUUCAUCACGGAGUGCAAAGACCCCAAGGCCUGCACCAUUCUGCUCAGAGGAGCCAGCAAGGAGAUCCUCGCGGAGGUUGAGCGUAAUCUGCAGGACGCCAUGCAGGUGACUCGUAACGUGCUGCUGGAGCCUUACCUGUUGCCAGGGGGCGGGGCCGUGGAGAUGGCGGUGUCGCACCGGCUGACAGAGCGCUCGCGGGCGCUGACGGGGGUGGAGCAGUGGCCCUACCGCGCCGUGGCACAGGCCCUCGAGGUCAUCCCCCGCACACUCAUCCAGAACUGCGGAGCCAGCACCAUCCGCGUCCUCACCUCCCUCAGGGCCAAGCACACCCAGGAGGCGUGUGAGUCUUGGGGUGUGAACGGCGAGACGGGAGCCCUGACCGACAUGACUGAGCUGGGCAUCUGGGAACCACUGGCUGUCAAGGCACAGACCUACAAGACCGCCGUGGAGACGGCGAUCUUGCUGCUGCGUAUCGAUGACAUCGUGUCUGGCCACAAGAAGAAGAAGGACGGCGACGAGCAGAUGGGAGGUCCCGGGGCAGAGUAGGGUCACCACGGGGAGGGGUCGAAGGUUACACAAAGGUGAAGGGUCACACCGAGGUGUUGCCUGGGUCAGGAGGAAAUGGGCCAAGAUAUCUGGGAACAUGGGGCUGAAUUGUAGACAAACAUUAGCGCGUAAACAAAAAAAAAAGACCUUGUGUGUUUCAACUUCUGUCAUCCAUCUUUGCUAUAUUUUGAUAAAAAACGAUCAGUGUCUCCUCUGAGCUAGUCUUCUACAUGUUUGAGCUCGACUUGACUGGACUGAACUGAAGCGUUGGCUUGGACUUUGUGAAUAAACCCCCCUUGUCAUACUUACCCCUGACUGUCAUCCAUGGCCGUGUAUGUCACCGUUGCUCUUUAUUUGCUACCAAGUUAUAAACGUUUCAUGACCAAAAGCAAA